AUGAGCGACAGAUACGAUCGUGCUAUUACUGUAUUUUCUCCUGAUGGCCACUUAUUUCAGGUUGAAGAUGCACAGGAAGCUGUCAAGAAAGGAUCAACCGCUGUGGGAGUCCGUGGAAAGAAUAUUGUAGUUCUUGGAGUUGAAAAGAAGGCAGUUGCCAAACUUCAGGAAGACAUAACAGUGAGGAAAAUCGCCUUGCUAGAUGAUCACGUGGCUUUAGCUUUUGCUGGCUUAACAGCCGAUGCUCGAAUCCUCAUCAAUCGGCGUUACACACAGAGCAAUGGACGCAGCCCUUUUGGUUUGUCAGCACUCAUCAUCAGCUUCGACAAUGAUGGAACUCCAAGAUUGUACCAGACAGACCCCUCGGAGUUCUUGGAGAAGCACUACACCGAGGAAGUCCAGGCUAACGACGAUGAAUGCAUCAAACUGACUCUGAAAGCUCUGCUAGAAGUGGUCCAGUCCGGGGGUAAAAACAUGGAGGUGGCCGAAAAAAUAGAAGAAUAUAUUACUGAGAUUGAGAAGGAACGAGAAGAAGAAGCCGAGCAAAAAUGA